GCUCAGCCGGUUCGAAGCUGUCAGAGAGCGCACUCCCACUGCUUCUCGCUCGUGCGUGGUGACCAUGGAGACGUCCAGGAGUUUUACAGGAGGGUGUCAUUUUCGAACUCAGCGCGCAGCGAUGGAUGCCUUUUCAACGAAUGACCUGCAGAGCUGGGACGCGGAUGGACUGUGUUGACCUGCUCCGCGAUGAAGUGAUGGAAGUGUCCACUGCCAACUGAUAAGACGUGGGGAAGUUGUCUUUUUGUGUUGUCUGCUUUGGAGACAGUGUGCAGUUGAGCCGGUUGAGAGACUUAAACAAUCAGAAAAGGACGGAACGCAAAAUCAAUUAGAAAACCAUGCACUGUUCAUAUCCAUGGAGAGAUGGCAUGCGUGCUCCUCUUCAGUCGACUUCUUCCUUUCUCACACCGGCUCACAAGAACAUCCAUUUGCUUAUUAUCCCUUUUCCUUUCUUAUUUGUGCUACUGUGCGUUAUUCCCUGCCGACACCAUCAUGCAAAAGGCAGGUGAUCCGACGUCCAGUUGUCAGCGCGUCCUGGCCGAUGGAGCCCAAAGGCGCGUUCAGAAAUCCUGCGUUUUGCCGUUGGAUGCGAGACCGAGCAGCGUUGAGGCAUCUCGGCCGAAAACCGACCAAAGACCUCCUUCGACUCUCCACGUCGACACUCCCAGUCCUCCCAUGACUAACUUAAAGUUUGGGAAUAAAAAGUUACCGAACGCCAUCAUAGUUGGUGUGAAAAAAGGAGGCACCAGAGCCGUUCUGGAGUUCAUAAGGAUUCAUCCGGACGUGCGAGCGGCUGGCACCGAGACACACUUCUUCGACAGGAACUAUGAUAGAGGCCUGGAGUGGUACAGAGGUUUAAUGCCAAGGACUCUGGAAAGCCAAAUCACGAUGGAGAAGACACCGAGCUACUUUGUGACAAAAGAGACGCCACACCGGAUCUCUGCCAUGUCCCGAGAUACCAAGCUCAUUGUGGUAGUGCGUGACCCCGUCACUCGUGCAAUAUCAGAUUACACUCAGACUUUAACCAAAACUCCCGACCUGCCAAGCUUCCAGGAUCUGGCCUUCAGAAACCAGAGCCUGGGCAUUGUGGACACGUCCUGGAACGCCAUUCGGAUCGGCCUGUACGCUCUGCACCUCGAGAACUGGCUCCGCUACUUUCCUUUGGCUCAGAUUCACUUUGUGAGCGGAGAGCGCCUUAUCACUGACCCGGCAGAGGAGUUGGCUCGGAUGCAAGACUUCCUUGGGUUAAAGCGCAUCGUCACAGACAAACACUUCUAUUUCAACCGCACCAAGGGCUUCCCUUGCCUUAAGAAGCCAGAAAGCAGCGGCUCGCCUCGCUGCCUGGGCAAGUCCAAGGGCAGAACUCAUGUGCAGAUAGACAGAGAUGCUAUCGAGCAACUGCGAGACUUCUAUAGACCUUACAAUGUCAAGUUUUAUGAAAUGGUGGGUCAUGAUUUCAAGUGGGAGUAGAGGUUUGAGAGAUAUAUUUUUGAAUGGUACAAGUUAGGUUUAUGUAUUCCACAAAUUCAAAAAUGAUUUGCCUGCAUUAACAUGACAUGGCUAUCAGCAGUCUCCAGACAAGUUUUGGGUGAAACAGCAAAAGCAGUAUUACACUAAUGAGCAGAGCAAAAUCUAAGAUGACAUUGCUUUUGCACUCAUAAUGAUCUGUUACCAGCCGGCCACAACGUCCUGUUUUUUCACAGCUUCAUGAUUUCUGUUACUGUUACUUUGUAUCAUCGCUGAUAGAUUGCCCCUUUGCUGACUAGUUCAUAU